GCGCCGUGAUUGGAUGACAUGGCUGUCCGUCUGCCGUUUCUGCCCUACGAUUGGCUGAGAGUGUCAGAGGGCGGGGACGUGUGUGUGCGGUCAGUGAAGAGCGCAGGGCGGAUCAGCGUGAGGCCGCGACACCGACACACGCGCGAAAAACUCUCUGAAAUCAACGGAAACGAGUAAGAGUCAUGGCGGAUCUGAGCUUGACCGACGCUCUGACCGACAGCGUUCCUCAGCCUGACCUGGAGAAGAUGGUGGAGAGGGAUUUUAUGGCCACGCUGGAGGCCGAGACCUUCGACGAUCAGGUCGGAGAGACGGUUGACAAGACCAACUUCGUCCCACUGCUGGACAAUGACGGGAAGGAUCCGAGUACAGUACAGCAGGAAGUCCAAGGGGCUCAAAACCCUGGCGCCGUGAAUCCACUGAUGCCACAGAAAGAGACGUCUCUUCAGAGCGAGCAGCAGACGUUUGGGACACACUUACUCUCAGACUCAGCGUCUGGUUUUCCUGAUCAGUGGAGCUCACAGUCCAGCGCUCCGCAGAUGAUGGACAGCAGCCCGAUCGCAGCCUUCACAGGUUUGUCUGAGCCCAGUGUAAAUUCGGAGGUGAUCAAAGGUGCUGCUCCUUUCCAGACGGAAAGACCGUCUGGUUUGACCGUAGUGCAUGAGAAACCUAUGAGUCCAGCUGCUCAAGCCACCGAACCCCCCAAAAUACCAGCUGAACCCCUGGGAGCCACGACACCCAAGAGCCCACGGGACACAUCUGCAGGUGUCUUUGGUGACCGCUGGUCCGAUGAGGCCGGCAUUCCAUCUGACCUGCCCUUCACGCCCAGCGUUUCCACCGUUAUCAGUCGCCAUGCCGGUCCUUUAGUAGAGAGCAGCCCACAUGUCACGGCCGACCCUCAGUGGUCCCCGAGAGAUAGCGGGGCAGGAGAUGCAGAGGAAAGGGAAGGUGAAGGAUCUGACCGUAAGAAGGAGAAGAAGAAGAAAAAGCGGAGGCCCAGGGACGAGGUGUACGACUUCCCCACGGACGUGCAGGGCGAAAGUGCUUUAUCUGACAGCCCCCACCAGCAAUCCCCACGCAAGGAACGGGACCGAGACGGAGGGUGGGAAGAUGGCGGUCACUUUGGUGGGAGAGUCAAGAAGCCAAAAAGCCGUAAGAAGAUUCCCGAGGAAUGGGCGAUCCAUGCAGAGCCCUUUGUCCCUGCUUCGGCUUGCAUGCCACAGGAUUUCGCAACUGAUUUCUCCCAAUCACCCGUUGAAGUUGACAGCGGACUUGUGUCGCUUCCUGAAGACUUCACCGAUGAGAAUCUCAUUCCUAUGUCUCUUACCCAAGAUCUUCUAUCCCUCACGGCCACUUCCCCUCCAUCCUCAACACAUCUUGAACCUGCAAUGCCCUCUCCGAAGUCUCCCGGACGAGCCCCCGAUUUAUCCCCCCAGCACCCCUUGUCCAUGUCUUCUGGAUUCCAAGAUAUCCUCGUGGAAACACAAGAUUCUCUUGCUUGCAAUCUCAGCGACACUCAGCCGUUCGUCUCUCCUGGUGCGACCUUUGAGGAAGCAAUCUUUGGACAAGAUCAAACCUACACCACCCAAGAUUCAGCAUUAAAGGAACCCCAGGCGUCCACCCCUGGAAGCACUUGUUUUGUACCCCCAAUGGAAGCACUGAUCUCGGCACCGCCGUUUUCUCCAUCUGGACCUGCGUGGUCUCUUAAUAACCACAGUCAACCCUUUGAUCUUGAAGGCGUUGCCUUUGAGACCCCGGUUCCUGCACCUCUGCCUUCGCCCAAGAGCAAAGUCCCAAAGGAACCCAAAUCCAAACAAGGCAAGAAGCCCGGCUCAUCCUCAUCAAAGAGUCCAACCUCCCCUGAAGCGAAGUUGCCAUCUCCCCAGAAUUCCGGACUAAAUCCGGCCGCUCCACCGUUCUUCCCUAGUUUUGCAGAACCUCGGGAGCUCAAAGCAGGAGCGAUCUUCACUUUGGAAGAAAACUCUGAGAAGAACAAGCCGGAGGUGAACAAAAUAAACACCGUCCAGAAGUUCGAUGACUUUAAUGUUGUCACCAAGACGGACAAAGAUCAGAAAAUGGAAACGGUGGAGGAGAAAGACCAAACGGUCCACACAACCAAAGGAGAAAACACUGAAGACAAAAUCAAAGACGUGGAUGUGGCUAAAUCAGAGAAGGAGGACAAGGAUGAAAUAGCACACAAAGUAGAAACGCCAGUGAAGGUUGAGAAAGAUACUAAAGAUGAGACUGAAAAGGCUGAUAAGAUCACCGAUAAAAUCGAGACGGCAGCAAAGAUCGAUUCCUCUCCAAAGAUGGAGAAAGAGAAGAUGGAGCCGGUGGAAACGAUCGAGCUGAAGACUGAAAAAGAAGUGAAAGUAGAGAAGAACAAAGAGGAAACGAAAGUCGAGGAGAACAAAUCCGAUCUGAAAGUAGAUGAACAGAAGAACAAAGAAGAACCGGCGAAGGAAGUGGAGAAGGAGAAAGCAGAACAGAAGACCGAACAAGACGAGAUCGAAAAGGAGAAAGUAGAACAGAAAACAGAAAAGACCGAGCCGGCUGACAAGAAACCUGCCAAAGCUGAGAAGGACGAGAAAGCCAAAAAAGCAGCUGCUAAACCCAAGUCUGCGGUGAGCAACGGUGCUCCUGGAAAAGACCUGACGAGUCCUGAGAAGAAGAGCAAGCCUGUCGCCGGUGCAACCAAACUUAGCUCCGCCAAGCCCCGGCCGAGCUCCGCCUCCAGCGCUACAGCCCCGCCCAAGCGCUCCACCCCUACCUCAACCACCAGUGCACCCGCCCCCCUCAGACAAAAAGCCCCAGUGCCCAAAGCUCCUGCCCCAGCCGCUGGCACCAAACGGCCCUCCACAGCCCCCACACGACCCUCCACAGCGUCCAGCACAGUCACCAGAGAGGUCAAGCCCAAGACGGUCACAGAGAAACGGCCGUCUGUGCCAAAGACUGCUGUGGCUCCGGCUCGACCUGCUGCAGACAAACCUGCGAGCGCAGCACGCCCCGCCGCCAGCGCUCCUGUCGCACGACGCCCCGUUGCAAAGACUGAGAGCAAACCAGGAGAUGAAAAGAAACCAAGCACACUGAAAACUACAGAUGCGUCCCGCUCUAAACCUGCUCCUCUCAAAGCCUCCACCACUACAAGCAGCAGCAGCAUCUCCGCUCGCCCGCGCUCCACCAAAACACCCGUCUCCAGCAGCACUACAGCCGCCGCUGGGCCUGAGAAGAAGCCUGCGGUCCCCCGCGCUCCUCGACCCGCCUCCAGCUCCACCUCCAGCACCAGCGCAUUGACUCGCAGCACAGCGCGGCCCAGCUCCGGCUCCACACCGGCACCCGACACCAAAAACAUCCGCUCCAAGAUCGGCUCCACAGACAACAUCAAGCACCAGCCGGGAGGAGGGAAGGUGUCAGUGUCUCAGAGCUCGCCCUCCAAAGAGACCAGCCAGGUCAAAGUUCAGAUAGUCUCCAAAAAACUGGACUACAGUCACGUGACUUCUCGCUUGGGCUCCAAGGACAAUAUCAAACAUGUUCCUGGAGGAGGGAACGUGCAGAUUCUCAACAAGAAGGUUGACCUGAGUAAAGUGGCCUCGAAGUGUGGCUCCAAGGCCAACAUCAAACACAAACCAGGUGGAGGCGAAGUCAAGAUCGAGAGCCGUAAGGUCAACUUUAAGGAUAAAGCUCAGCCCAAGGUGGGCUCGAUGGAUAAUGUCAAUCACGAGCCCGGAGGAGGGAAAGUUAAGGCUGAGGGGGCCCAGGAGACUGCUGGGGGCAGCGGGGCUCCCUCUAGUGGUGUCUCAGUGGGCCCUGCCCAGGAGAAUGGGCUGAAGGAGGGCGCCCCCUGCAGGAGUGAGGAGCUCCGGGACCCACAGGGUCUGGACUCACUCAUCCCUGAAACAAGCAUCUAACUCGACUUUUUGCUAUCACUCUGUCCUCCUCAUUUCCCCCCCGACCGCUUCCUCUCCUCCCCUUCUUUAUGUCCUGUCCUCCUCUGUCCUGUCUCUCUCUCUCUCUCUCUCUCUCUCUCUCUCAACACUCUCUGAUGUAGAUUGAGUCUUUCAAGCUAAAUUUCCGCGAGAACGCCCGCUCUCGCACGGACCACGGCGCUGACAUCAUCACCUGGCCCGUUUCGGGCGACCGUCACCUUCUCCGCAGCAGCGUCUCACUCAACGACUCCCUCUCGACCGCCGGCAUCCCUCGCUCUCUCACCGUCCCGGUCCUCUCAUCCUCCCAGGAGCCAGGGGGCGACGUCGGCUCGCUCACCGAACUCCGGACGUGAUUCCUGUCUUCUCAUUGGUCCUCUGCUCUCUAAACCCCGCCUCCUUCCAUUGCUAAGACUCACAUGAUUGGUGUGCUCUCUGUUGGCGAGGCUGUACAGACUACAGUCAUCAGGAUGUGCAAAAAAUGCUCAUAGUUAAAAGUGUCUGGGUGUGUAAUCUGUAACACUCACGCUACUCAUCGCUAGCCGUCAGCACACCUGCGACAUCAUUUGUGGUAGAGCAUGAAUCUAGUAUUCCUCAUCAAACCUGCACAUGCCCAUCUGAUCACCACUUACAAACACCUCUGGAUCCAUCUGGACAUCAUCUCUCGCUGCCUUCAAGUCCUCAUGGGAAGUUUGUGCUUACGAGUUAUUAACCAUGCGAUCGUGUCAUAUGAAAAAUCUCUUUCUGACAAAAUCCAGCUUUUUUUUUUGUGCCAAAACAACUUAAUUUAGAGCAAGAAAUGUGCAUUAAAGGGUUAGUUCACCCAAAAAUGAAAAUUCUGUCAUUAAUUAUUCACCCUCAUGUCGUUUCAAACCCGUAAGAUCUUUGUUCAUCUUCAGAACACAGAUAAAGAUAUUCUCGAUGAAAUCCGAGAGCUUUAUGAUUAGGAUUUUUUAUUAAUUUUUUUUUCACUCAGAAAUUGCUAGUAAGUUUCACAAUUACAUUCAAAACAAUAAUUAACAUGCAAAAGAUAAUUUAUUAUUAUUAUUUUUUUUUGUUUUAUUUUAACAGUUUUAUUUACUACCACAAAACAUAUUUUUUAAAGUUGCAUCUUUAAAAAAACAUAAUGCAACAUUAAAUGUAUUCAGCAUGUAAAAUAAUUCAAAUAAAAAGCAAUUCUGCAGUUGUUUUUUAAUUUUCAAGGUCAUGCCAUGAUAUCUUUUAUUAGUUGUUUGUCUUGUUUUGUGCCUAACCAAGUAUUUUCUGUAACAUAAACACUUAAAAUGGCUAACAGCUUUAACUUGGACAGUCUCCCUACAUGAGCUGCUAGAUUUUGUCGGCGCUCAUCUCGUAAGCACAAUCGUUCCCGCUCGAUUUGAAAGCAGCUUCAUUCAUUCAUUAUACAGGGCUGUCAUCACCUCACCUUUGACCCCCAGUAGAGCUGACUUUAAAGCACAUAGGCUUUCUGACUCUCUCUAAAACUAUUCGUGAUGGUGUGUUUGAGUGAAUACUGUAGCAUUGAACUGUGUUGUUAAACGCUUUCUUUUAACUCUUCGUUUUAUUUUCGUGACCAGCGGAUGUUUCCUUUUCCUCGUUAUUGUAAAGCAAUAUGACGUCUCCUACAAUGCCUAUAAGACAUAAAAUCUCCUCGCAAACGCACAGCAAACAGCGCUCAUAGUGUCAAACGCAGCUCCAGACGGCUUUGUGAACGUGAAGAGGGUCUGAGGCGGACGUUGUGGAAAAAGAAGUGCGCUUGUAGUGUAACUCAAAUCUAUAUUUAAUAAAUGCUGAAAUAAAAGCCCACUUAAGUGUAAAGUAUGCUUUCAUAACAACACUCUUUGCUGUAAUGUGUAAGUCAUUAUUUUAAUAAUCUUUAAAGAAGUACACUUAUUUUGAUGUGCUGACUAACAAACUAAAGCACAUGUAAAAUACUCGAUUAUUAACAUUUGAUUUAAUCGUUACGUGUUUUGCGAUAUUUAGGUUUAAUUUAUUUUACUCAAAUGCAACUUCAUUACAAAUGUGUAAUUAAAAAUGUAUUUAAAUGCAUGACAUAUAACUUUCAAUAGACAUGACAUUAAACUAUUUUUUUUUUGUUUUGCAUACGUUUAACCAUCAAAGACAAAAAAAUAUGAAAUUGCGUAAUGAUGUAAUUAAUUUCUACUUAAGUAUGUCAAAAAAACAUUAAGUUUAGCUUAUUGCAUUUAAUAGAAAUUUAAAUCAUAAUACAACAUGCAAUUAAGUGUCUGAAAACAUAACAUUCAAUUGACACUGCAUAAGUGUAAAAUGUCCUUAAUCGUCUUUUUAAAAGUACGCUUAAGUGUGCUUCUUUUUCUGAAGGUGAAGGAAGUAGAUGCUGACUUGAUGCACGAGGGGUUUCUGUUAGCAUUGAACGGUUGAUGCUUUGGCAUCAUGUAGAGUAGGUACAGUAUGUUUUUAAUAUGGAAGUGAGGAUAGAGUUUGUGCCUGGCACCGAUCGCAUCCAGCCUUUGGAGGGACGCAGAGACAGAAUGUCACAGCCUGAAACCUUUUACGUACUUUUAACAAUUGCUUAAUGAGAAACCAGUGAAAUUGUGAGUGAGUCUGGUGGUGGUUUGCAUUCUUCUCUUAUUGCAUAGAUAUCUGCAGGUCUUUAUUAAGAGCAAAAGCUUGGUAUUAUAGCGUGAUCAUGUGAGUGGAAAGGUUUUAACGGUGGAGCCUGUAGCUUAUUUCUCUCGUAGCAUUUUCUGUUAUACGGUAGUUUAUCUUCAGAUAGCCUUUUUGAGGUCGCACAGAAUCACACGCUUGACAUGUAGCUGCUUGGUUUAGUGUCCUUUCGGUGUAAUAAUGAGGUAAGAGGACGUGGCCGUUCUCUUUUUGUUAUUUUCUGCAAUAGCUGUGGGCGGUACGGGGGUCUGACAGACAUUUUUUAGCGCGCUUUUCUUUUUACGAGUAUGACAAUUACGGUUGCAUCUAUUGCUUAUUCCCAUCAGACCUCUUUAAUCCCAGAACAUGCAAAGCAAUAAGACUUGUCAGUGUGACAGAGCACGGAUUUGGACUUUUAGAAACCUACAUCGUGAACGACAGCGAAACGCAUUCAGAUCACGAAAUAUUACCCGAUUGAUUGUCAAUGCAUGUCCUUGUUAGAAAAUCCAGUUUUGGAGAGGAAUCAAGUUUUAGAUGACAAAUACAAGUAGAACUUCAUCGUGUAUUCACAUUUUAAAGAUUAUUUUAAUAAUCCACCUAUAUGAAUUGUUGGAAAAUGCCAAAAAAUGGUUGCAUGAAUUUACGAAUUGAUGAUUUUUGGGGGCAAUAACAAUUAUUAUUUAUAGUCUUUUUUUUUUUUUUUCAGGAAAUGAGAAGUGUAUAAAUAUUAAGCUAAGCUAAAAUCUGAAGUUUUCUUUGUUGUUGUUGUUUGUUUAUGGUAUUAAUGUUUGUUAUGAAACGGUCACAUUUGAAUCGGUUCCCUGUCUCUGAAUGAACUGAGAAACAAUCAUAUAUAGCCUCUUUACAUGUAUUUACAGUUAUUUCCCAAUGGAUUUACUACUGUCUCUGCGAAUGCAUUUAAUAUUGGCAUAACAAAGAGAUCUGCAUUGAUCAAAGAAGCUGAGGGCUGAUAUUAUGCACCUUUAACGGCUAUUAUUAAUAUUAUAAUUGUCAUUUUGGCACUGCAUUUUUAUUCAAUGGAAAAGGCAGAGAACAAAUGUAUUUGAACUACAUUAAAGCACAUGUUUUCGGCCGCCGUGUGUUUAAUAUUGUGGCGAGCUUGGUAGCACUUAUAUGUCCAGAUGAUGCCAGGUGGGUCACGUCCAGAUGGGGAUUGAUAUCUAGCCCAUGUCCUCUAAACGUCUUCAAAUAACCCUUUAUGUUUCUAUGAAUCUUAGUCUUACAAGAAAAAGAUACUCUGUAUAACACUGUCAUACUAAAAUGGGGGGAUUGCAUUGAAUGUGUUUCAAUUGCACAGAUUUUAUUGUGCUAUAAAGGACCAGGGCAUCCUGUUGAAGCAUGGAGAGGAGAGGUCCAAUUAUUGUUAUUAUUAAUAUUAUUAUGCUUAUGAUUUUGUUUAGUUUUUCUUUUUUGGGAGUAAUGUUGCCCUGGAACCUUAAUAAAGAUGUACAACCCUAAAGUAACAUGGAAAAUAAAGAAACGUGACAUUAAUGUGCAGUAGAUUGGGUUUCUCAAAUGCAGUAAGAAGCUCUAUAAGGUGACAUGAAUAGAACAUGAAUAGAACAUUCAGGCUUUUUGCCAGACUCUUCAUUUGCAAGGUUUUUGUCGGUUUGGUUUUAUCUUUUGGGUUUUUUUUUUCAUGAAAAUUGAAUUUCAUUAUUUUAUUUGUUUUGAUUUGAAUGAGGUGUUUAUUGUGGUUAAUUGUUAACUAUGAUGUGAUUAUUAAACAUUAAAUAAAAUAAAGUUUAAAACA